ACUAAACGAUAAAGUACAAAUUGUUCUUUCUUCUACAAAAGACCACUUUCGAAUUUGUGCAUUUUCCAGUACAUUUGCCAUGUCACAAUGCUCAUGUUAAUAUGAGGCAGGUGUUAGCUGUGAAAGAGGACGAGAAAUUGACAUUUUAAACUUAUGUCUGCACAGGGAGGUCAUCAUGUAUCAGAUACAGAUUCGGAUAUUACUGUUGGACCAGAGGAUAGUGACUUGACCACUGAAUCGCCACACAAGUCACAGGUAAAGCUUCCAUCUUUAAGUAAAAGAAGAAGUGAAGUUCAUGAGAUUUCAGAGUCUGAAGAGGAAAGUGAAGAAUAUUUCAUUUUGAAAGGGACCUCUAAAGGGAAAGGAAAAUCUUCAUUCCUUAACUCAUCGAAAUCCACAUUGGAACAAAACGAAUGUAAAUCAUUUGUUAAACAAAGUAAAAAAUCAUCAGAAACUUUGACUAAGUCACUAGAUAAGUCAGCAAAAUCAUCAUCUGAAAGUUUGUCAAAGUCACUAGACAACAGAACAAAGCCAUCAUCAGAAACUUUGACUAAGUCACUUGACAAGAGAACAAAGCCAUCUUCAGAAACUUCGAUUAAGUCACUUGACAAAAGAACAAAGCCAUCACCAGAAACUUUGACUAAGUCAAUCGACAAGAAGACAAAGUUGUCACCAGAAACUUUGUCUAAGUCACUAAACAAGAGGACAAAGCUGACAUCAGAAAGUUUGACUAAGUCCUCUGAGAAAAAAACUAAGUCAUUUACAGAAAUAGAAAACUGGUUAGAUAAGAUUGAUUCCAGUCCAGAGGCCAAAAAUGUUGAUAUUAAAAAUAGAUUUGACAGCCCAGUAGAGAAAGGCAAACAUUCUGAGUAUAAAUCCUCACCAUCUAGUGGGUUGAAGAGGAAACAGACAGUUUUACUUGAAGAGGAAAAGAAGACAGUUAGUAGAAAGAGACCUCCUUGUCAGUAUGGGUCAAAAUGUUACAGGAAAAAUCCAUCUCAUCUUCAAGAAUUCAGCCAUCCAGAUGAUAAACAACAAACACCAGGGAGUGGUAGAACCAGAGAAGAAUCGCCACCAAGAAAAAAACCAAGGAUAUCCAUAACAGGUCGUCUGUCUCCAGAUCAGGUCUAUAGUGAAGGUCAACCAUAUAGCUUCUUCUUAACCAAAGUCCAUGGUAUAGAGAGCCAAUACAACCAAGUCUUAGCAAUGGAUAUCAAAGAUAUACUGUCACCAAUUAUGGGAACUUUGCAAGCUUCGUGCCAGUUUAAUUACAUGUUUGAAAUUCCAUGGUUAAUGAAACAGUACCCAGAACAGUUCAGGUCUAAACCUUUACUUCUGGUACAUGGUUUUACUGCUGGUAAUAAAACAGCCUUGGAAAUUGAAGCCACUAAAUACUCCAAUAUUAAAUUUUGUCAGGCAAGAUUAGAAAUGAUAUAUGGAACACAUCACACAAAGAUGAUGAUACUAUUGUAUGAAGAAGGAAUGAGAGUUGUUAUCCACACGUCUAACUUGGUAGAAAAAGAUUGGUACCAGAAGACUCAAGGAAUGUGGAUAAGUCCAUUAUUUCCAAAGUUAAAGAAAGAGGAGAAUAAAAGUAAUUACUCAAGAGGGGAUUCACCAACAAACUUCAAGAAAGAUUUGUUAGACUACAUAGGAUCUUAUAAAGCCUACCAACUGAAGGACUGGCAACAAAAUAUAGCAGAUCAUGAUAUGUCCAGUGCUAAAGUAGUUAUAAUUGGUUCAUCUCCAGGCAGACAUAUGGCAGAAAAUAAACAUAAAUUUGGUCACAUGAGACUACGCAAAGUUUUAAAUACACAUGGACCACAAAAAGACUUUGUGAAAUCUUGGCCUGUGAUUGGUCAAUAUUCCAGUAUUGGAUCAUUAGGAGCAACUAAAGAUGUCUGGCUUGCCACCGAGUUCUUACAGUCACUGGCAACUGUAGAGGGAUCUAGUUGUGUACCAUUAUCAACAAUAGAUUUGAAACUUAUAUUUCCAACAAAAGAUAAUGUAAGAUGCAGUUUAGAAGGUUAUCCUGCUGGAGCCUCUAUUCCAUAUAGUAUUAAUGUUGCCAAGAAACAAACAUAUCUUCAUUCUUACUUCCACCAUUGGAUAUCAAAAGGAAGAGGAAGAAGUAGAGCAAUGCCACACAUUAAAUCAUAUUGCCGACCUUCACCUACAUCACAGGAAGUUGCCUGGUUCCUUGUUACAAGUGCUAAUCUGUCAAAGGCAGCAUGGGGAGCCUUGGAGAAAAAAGGAAGUCAGUUAAUGAUAAGGUCAUAUGAACUUGGAGUUUUAUUCUUGCCAAAGUUCUUUGGAAGUAAAAAAUCAAUUCCUGUCUCCAGUGAUAUCAAUGAUACAGAUAAACUUUUGUUGCCAUAUGAUUUACCACUAAAGCCAUAUCAGAAGGAAGAUCGUCCUUGGAUAUGGGAUAUAGCUCAUAAAGAAUUACCAGACUGUAAUGGCAACAUGUGGUGCCCUAGCUGACAUUUUGAUUGGUGUAUGACAUUAUUUAUGAAAUAAAUUAUGGUGCUGCUUC